AGUUUGAUUAUAUCUUACAUGAUGGAAUUAAUCAAUAAGAAAUGUAAUGCUCUGGACGCUGAUUCAAUUGAUUAUACGUUGCACAUAUAAUGUACAGUGAUCGUUUAUUGGUAGGGCAUAUCGUGUUAGGAUAUAACAGACGAAGUGAUUUUAUCAAAAUGGACGGGAAGUUAACAGAUAAUGAUAUGGACCAGCUGGAGCAAUGGAUAGGUACAGGUCAUAAAACAUUUAAACUUCUCUACGCCAUUACAAGAGAUGGAUGCAAUGCUACAACGUUCCAUCAGAAAUGUAACGACCAGGGACCUACAGUCACAUUGUUGUAUAACCCACAAGGAUCGGUGUAUGGUGGUUAUGUACAGGAAAGCUGGAAAAAUUGUGGCAGCUGGAUGAACGACACUUCCGCCUUUCUGUAUCAGCUACGAUUUAAUGGGAAUGAUAAACGUACUAAAUUUCCGAUAAAAUCUGGAAAGUCUGGGCAUGCUCUAUAUUGUGGUUCACCCUACGGUCCAUUAUUUGGUUAUGAAAAUGGUUAUGGCCUCCUAACCUUCACAAACACAGUCAACAACUCAGGUUCCUACUUUGCUCUCAAUGGUAGCAUGGGAAUUGGGAAGUACUACGACAAUCAAGGUGUUACUGCAGACCAGAUUAAUAAUGGUAACAUGAACGUCACCGAGUUAGAGGUUUAUAAAGUCGAAGAUGGGAAGAGGUCAAAGCCUAUAAAGCAGGAGAACUUGAAACCAUGGCGAAAGACUAAAAGCUGGAAUGAACAGUAUCUAAAUGAACUAACUGAGGAUAUUGUAUCUUUUAAACCAAUCCCUGACUUGAAGGUGACAGAUGCCCGAAUUUUGAUCAUUGGUCCAGUUGGUGCUGGAAAGUCGAGUUUUUUCAACACUAUCAAUUCGAUAUUUCGAGGUCGAAUUACACAGAAGGCGCGUAGUGGUAGCGCAGAGCAAAGCCUUACGACUGCUUACACCCCAUACAAGGUAAAGGUCAAGUCGGGGGCACCACUGAACUUCCGGUUAUGUGACACACGUGGUUUAGAAGAGUCCCAGGGUCUGGAUGUAGUCGAGUGUAACUAUUUGCUGGAUGGUAAUAUGCCAAAUUAUUAUCAGUUUCAUCCAACCAUACAGAUAACACUAAAAUCGCCUGGUUUCAAUGCAAAUCCUACCGCGAAUGACGUCAUACACUGUGCAGUUUUCGUUUUGGACGCCAGCACAUUGGAGAUCUUGACACCAAAAAUUAUAGAAAAAAUGAAAGCAUUUCAAAGGAUAAUGAAUCAGAAAGAAAUACCACAACUUAUCCUUCUUACAAAGGUAGAUAAACUCUGUAAAGAAGUCGGAGAAGAUGUGUCAUUGGUCUUUAAGAGUCCGGAAGUGGAGCAACACGUGGAAAAGGCCUCGCAACUCCUCGGACUACCACCUGCAAACGUUCUUCCCGUAAAGAAUUACCACAAUGAAGUAGAGCUCGAUGAAAGCAUUAGUAUACUGGCAUUGUUGGCUUUGCGCCAAAUUUUGAAUUUUGCCGAAGAUUUUCUGGACCAUAUGUUGGAUAAAAAAGAGGACGAAGAAAAAGGGAUGGAAAAACUUAAAUCAGAAAACUAAGAGACUCGUGAUCGGACCUUACAGGUUCCAUAAUAACCGCUGUGUGGACGCAUCUACGGAUGUUUUAAAUUAAAAAAAUACCAUUUUUAUUCCUAAAUAUUGAAUUAUGCUGAAGCCGGUACCAGUACCGUCCAUGAACAGGCUCAAUUCAACCAAGCCUGUAUCACUUUCAAUUUUGCCGUUUUGGACGUUCUUUAGGAGGCAAAUAAGAAAUUCAAUGUAAUUACAAUAAUUUAAGAACACUAAACAGCAGCUACAUCUGUAUUUUGAAACAUAUGGAUUUUCAAGGUUUAAAGGGACUCCACUGAGGUUUUUUGACAUGAAGGGACUGAACAUAUUUUUUCCAGAUAAAUGUACCAUUUGAAGUAGGUUUAGACCACUAAUUUUUGUGCAAAAUUUCAUUCGCGCACUUCGUUUUUCCAGAAUAAUUAUUCAAAUUGUAAAACAAUGACCCAAAAUGAAAAGCGCUUUUCACUCAAAUCGGGCUAAGAAAAGCAUAAAAAUACGAUUUUCAAUUUAUUUCAAAGUAUAUUUCUUAACUAUCUUUGCAUAUAUGUUUGUUUAACGUGCCCCAGCUCAUUUAUGUAAAAAAUUCAAAUGUUAGGUUUUUAGGCUUUUAGACCACAGUGGAAUCCCUUUAAAGAAAUGUUAAAAUUUGCCGAGCAAAAUUCUUAAGGUUACAAAUUCUUUGAUGAUUUCCAAGCACUGGAAAUGGGGCUUUUGAUAAGCGACCUCUUUUUUUUGGAUUCGUUUCUUCAGUUUAUUUCGUUAAUGGCUGUGACCCUAUUAAAUACAUUUACCUAUAUUAUCCAUAAUUUUACCGUUUCACUAUUAAUGACUUUCUAAUGAAAUCCUUAUAAUAUAAUAUGAUUAUAAAUUCAUUUUUGAAUUAUUGUAUUUCAAACAGAUGUAUGUAAGAGGCUACAAUGUUUUUUAUAUUCUGUAAGGAAUAUUCCAAAACAAUUCUCUAAGAAGUUUAAAUAUAGUUCACACCUUUCUGUUUCUUUGCAUAUUCAAUAAAAGUGUAUUUUGUUCAAAA